AUGGCAAAUGUGGUGAUCGGGAAGCGCUUAGAUGUGGCCCAAUAUCUGCACAAAGAGCAGCAAAAGGCAGACAAUGCGGCCACCAUUGAGUGGUGGACCAGCUUUGAAGAGCUCUACACUAAGCGAUUGUGGCAUCAGUUGACCAAAAAAGUGUAUGACUUCAUAAUCACCGCUCGGUUCCCAUCGCUGGUCGAGUUCUACGACAACUUCAUCGCCGACUUCGAGACGAAAAUCAAUGGAUUGACUCUUAUCGAGAUGUGCGGUCAUGUGAUCCAACAGAUCCACGAACACGAGGCGCGCAUUCAAUUCAUCACUAAAAUGAAAGACAAAGUGACGGCCAAUCGGGAGGCAGUCAUUCUUUGCAACAUCUUUUUGGGACAAUCCAUGCUUUCGGCGAAGGAUAUGAAGGGUUUGAAAGAGCUUUUGGAGACAACCAAUGGUCUGAUCGAAGCGGAAACGGGCGUCACUUCAGUCCACUCGCGCUACUAUCGGCUCUCAAGCGAAUAUCACCAGCAAAUGGGAAACCAUUGCGACUAUUAUAGGGACGCUUUGAGAUAUCUCGGCUGUCAGACCAGCGCCGAUGUGGAGGACGCGGCCAUUCAGGCCCACCGGGCGUUCACCCUAUCGUUGGCCGCUAUUCUCGGCGAUUCGAUCUACAAUUUUGGUGAACUCUUACAGCACCCGAUCGUUGACACUCUCACCCCAGAGAACCGAUACAUCAAAGAUCUGCUGUUGGCGUUCAAUAGCGGCGAUUUGAGCCGUUAUGAGGCGCUGCGGCCGCAGUGGUCACUACAGCCAGACUUGGCUAAGAAUGAGGUGACAAUGCAUGAGAAGAUAUGUUUGCUGUCACUCAUGGAAAUGACAUUCAAGAGCAACACUGGAGUGAUUGGCUUUCAAGACAUCGUCGCACAGACACGGCUUCCGGACGACAAAAUCGAGUUACUUGUGAUGAAAGCUCUGUCUCUCGGGUUAGUGAAGGGAACCAUAGAUGAAGUGGAAAAGACUGUCCACUUGUCUUGGGUUCAGCCCCGAGUGCUCGACAAGAAACAGAUCGAGUCUAUGAAGAAUCGACUCGAUGUUUGGUUCAAAGAGAUUAAUGUCAUCGAAGGUCUACUCGAGAAGAGGGCUCAAGAGAUCAUCAAUUAA